UGUUAUUGUUAGGAGCCAAGGGCUGCUCACUGGUUGGGGUGUUGGAAUUGUUGCUUUGGCUGAGAGCAAUCUGCACUUUUGGCUAUUCCCAUUGACAAACAGACGACUGCCCUGGCCUGCAGUAACACCAUGGAUCGUUCUCCCAGCGCUAGUCAGCUGAUUGCCAGCAACGUCACAAAUAAGACAGACCCACGGUCGCUGAACUCAAGGGUCUUCAUUGGAAACCUAAAUACUAUGCUGGUUACCAAGGCAGAUGUUGAAGCUAUUUUUAGCAAAUACGGCAAGAUUGUUGGCUGCUCUGUGCACAAGGGCUACGCUUUUGUCCAGUACGUCAACGAGAGGACCGCGCGAGCUGCUGUUGCAGGAGAGGACGGCCGGAUGAUCGUUGGACAGGUGCUUGAUAUUAACUUGGCAGGAGAACCCAAACCUCACAGGCCAAACACGUCCAAGCGAUCAGCUGGAGAUAUGUACAGUCUCUCCAGCAGUAGUUCUGGUUUUGAGGUUGAUUAUGAUUUCCAGAGAGAAUACUUUGACAGAAUGUAUUCAUAUCCUUCCCGUGUGCCCCCGCCACCACCACCUCCUCUGUCACGGGCUGUGAUCCCUUCCAAACGUCCACGGGUCAGUAUGAGUGGGGGAACCAGCCGCCGCACCAAGUCCAGUUUCUCAACUGCUUCCAAGAGCAGCCAGCGGACAUCCUCUCGAGCCCUAAAAGCAGAUGACCUCCAAACAAUUAAGAGAGAGCUUUCUCAAAUCAAACACAAGGUUGACUAUCUGCUGGAGAGUCUGGACAGGAUGGAGAAAGACCACAGCAAGAAAUCCGAGGGGAAGAGUGUGAAGGCAGAAGUGGGUGAGGCUUCCUCUCUGCAGCAUUCCAGCAAGAAAGACAGAGAGAGGGAAGAGCAAGAGAUAAACGAUUCUGAGGAGGAAAGAGAUCUGUUGGAGGAAGAGGAGGAGGUUAAAAGCCAGGAAGGAGAGAAUGAAGAAGAGGAAGAAGAGGAGGAAGAGGGUGAGCAUGUGGAAGGGGAAGAUGGUGACAGCGUUAAUGGCGAUGACUCAUAGGCUGUUUUUAACACCAUGGAUUUCAGACACCCACUCAAAAUUCAACCCUUUCAGUUCUUUUGAAAGGUUGAAGCCAGUCUUUAAAAGAUUUGUCUAUAGAUGCCUGCACACUUAUAAUAACUGACACUACAAUUACAUCAGUUUCACUGAUGUCAGUUUAUUUUUAAUGUAAGCAUGACAACUUUUCAGGCUUUUGAAGUCCCUUAACCUUGAUGAAGACAAACAUUUGUUUUCAAACAACAGAAACUAUGACAUUCUCCAGUUAUUCCUAAUAAUUCUGGGUUUUUAUUUUUCACUAUCAGAAUAUGUCCAUUAUGCAUUCUCAGUGAAACUGGCCUGUUCCCUGUUUGCCCUGUGUCUCUAUGGGAAUUUUCUUUCUGUGAACAAAGGUAAAAUUUGUAUUUUUAAAGGGAGAAACUUGAGUGGCUCCUCUACAGAGAACCAACAAGCUUCCAUGAAACAUCUAUGUUUGUAUUUACCUGUCUUUUUUACAUCACCCUGUUUCAGAAUAAUUCUACAGGAAAGUUUCAAUAAAAUAUUAAAUUAAA